UGCACGCGCGCCUCGCGCUCCUGUCAGCGGUAUACAAACAGGACGUUUUCAGAGGAGAGGACACAACUGCUUUCUGCUGCAUUAUUCUCCUUCUCAGAGCUUUGUGUUUGUCUCGCCUGUUGACCAUGGGAACACAAGCUGACAAACGGGGUCCGGUAAAAUCGGUGGCAGGAGCCGUUCAGUGACAGCUGCUGUAAUCUGACUGACAGACAGACCGGUGAAACGUGACGGACAGGUAAACCGCUGUACGUUUCAAAUCCAUGGCCGGGGGGAGAGCGACAACAGAAAAUAUGCUGUAACGUGAAGUGUUUAUUUCGGACUUUACCGCGUUGUGGCUGAAGUAUGGGGCCGUGAUAGCCGGUAAAGCGGAGACUGGAGGUUGGUGUCUGGUUUUGUCUGCGCUCCGUCCCCUCCGGUGGACACAACUAAAGAGACUGGAGACACGGACGGAGACGGGGCUGUUUUUGUGUCGGCGGAGACAUGGCAGCGGCUAUCGCCAGCGGUUUGAUCCGCCAGAAGCGACAGGCGAGAGAGCAACACGCCCACCGACCGACCACUCACCGGCGGCGGAAGAGCCCCGGUAAGAAACAGGGGCUGUGCAACGGGAACCUGGUCGACAUCUUCUCCAAAGUCCGGAUAUUUGGCCUGAAGAAGAGGAGGCUACGGAGACAAGAACCACAGCUGAAGGGCAUAGUGACCAGGUUGUUCUGCAGGCAGGGCUUCUAUCUCCAGAUGGGCCAGGAUGGAAGUCUGGACGGGACCAAAGACGACAGCACCAACUCCUCUCUGUUUAACUUAAUUCCUGUGGGUCUGAGAGUCGUGGCCAUCCAAUCAGUCAAGACUGGCCUCUACAUCGCCAUGAACGGAGAGGGUCACCUCUACUCAUCGGAACUGUUUACAGCGGAGUGUAAGUUUAAGGAGUCGGUGUUCGAGAACUACUAUGUGAUCUACAGCUCUAUGCUCUACAGACAGAAGGAGUCGGGCCGGGCCUGGUUUCUGGGCCUCAAUAAAGAGGGACAGGCCAUGAAAGGCAACAGGGUCAAAAAGACCAAACCAGCUGCACACUUCCUGCCUAAACCUAUAGAAGUUGCGAUGUACCGAGAGCCUUCGUUGCACGAUGUAGGGGAGGCGGUGCCUAAGCUCGCCGGGGGCCCGCCUUCCAAAAGCACAACCAGCGAACCAGUGGUCAUGAACGGUGGGAAACCAGUCAGCAAACCCAGCAAGGAGGAGACAUAACCCAGCCCCCCGUUUUACCCUCUCCUGGCCAACCAGAGGCCAGGAAAAAGCCAGAGACUCGCCCCACUGCUGCGCUCUCAAUAAACUAAACAGCAACAAAAGGUAACAAAACAAACAACAGCUCAAGUUCUGACUGGUCAGCAGUGGGGCCGCACAUCCCGCCUCGCCUCUCUCCCUUUUGGAUGGAUCCGGUGUUGUGGGGCAGGGCCGGAGGGACAGAGUGCUGCGGCCGGUGGCGGGUGAAGAGGAGGAUGAAGACAGGAAAGUCGGGCCGAUGCCAGCCAGAUAUUUUGGAACUGGGACAGUGGCAUGCGCUCAUACGGGAGACAAAAUGACUUCAUAAAAAUAUAAACAAAACAAGGAAAAAAUGGAAAAAAAUGUCGUCUUCACCGGUAUUUUUCUGUGACAAUCUGUAAGAAUGAGGCCCCCUUUUUUCCUCCCGUUAGAACCGUUUUCUGUUGCCAGGUAUGCUUGCUUGCUGGUGGCUACAGACACACACACGUACACAACUCCCACUGAAAAUCGACCACUUCGAUUCGAUCUUUCAGACACAUCAGGCAACGAGAACACUUAAAACAGCAAACACUGAUGAUUCAGUGGGUGCUUAGUCAUCGAUCAAUUAAGAUUUGGCAUAGGACAUUAUGUACUCAUCUUACAAUGAAAACACUUGGCCCUGUGAAUUAAAUACAAGGCAAACACGUCUUAUGACCUGUCCAUCAUUUUGAUCACACCCUAUAUAACUGUUAUAGAGUUCUUAUUUGACACCACAUAACGUAAAGCAUGUUUCAGUGUUCAUUUAUUAUCUAUUUGUGGUUUAUUAUUCUGCACUCAGAGCACUAGUGAUUAUUGAGCUACAUUGUUGUACAGGCAAACAUGUUUACGUUUUUGUCCUCUUCUGUCUCUCCUAUUUCCACAUCACUGAAACAAGUGUAGCUCAGGAGAGGAACUGACGUAUCAAAUGAAGAGUUUUGGCAUCAAGUUGCUCGAAUUACUGUGUGCAGCGGAGUGCUCAAGCCACAGAUUCCCUGUUUGUAGCAACAUGGAGUGUACAGGAGGCAUGCUGGUGUCCACGCAGCAUGGUAGCAGUCAGUGUUUACAUGGAGUAGCAGAUAUUGUAGACUGAGGUUUAACAGAGGGAGGGUCAAACCUCAAUGGUCAGAUGGUGUUCUCAGUUUUUAUUUCUGUUGCCUUCCCAAGUACUUGAAAUUAAAGGUAUAAAUGAGGGUUAUAGUGAACAGGGUAAAUUAUGUUAAAGCCACUAUGUGUAGAAUUUACUGCCCAAUGGUACUUUCAAAAAAGACACUGUGUGAGCCACUACCCUCAACCAGAUCAGACCCCAACCCAAGGAACUUCACAGGUCCACUUACUUCCUAGACCCAGUCUAAUUGGUAAAGGUCCUGUGGUAGCUGCAAGUGACAUCAGCAAAAUGUACUUAACGUAUCAAAAGUACUCAUUCUGCAGAAAAAGGGAUACAUCUUUCCCUAUUAGGUUUUUAAUAUUGACACAUCAAUAUUCAGGUACCCUUUCACUGUUGUAGCUGCUCCAGGUGGAGCUAGUUUCAUCUUAAUCUGUUUAAUCUUUAAAAGUGCAUUUAUAAGCUUAUCAUGUUUUUUUUUUAUUAUGUUAAAGCCUAAUUUAAAAAGUAACUAAUAAAAAUAGUGAAAUAGCAAAAGAUAAAUAAGGUAUUUCAUAUUAAUAUUGAAAUGUAGUGCAGUAGAAGUAUAAAGUACCGUAAAAUGGAGAUACUCAAAAUGUACUUGAGUACAGUCCUUGAAUAAAUACAUGAUGUGUGGUUACUUUCUACCACUGGAUGCAGAUCUGUGUGUUCUGAGCAGGAGAAAAUUGUGUUUUUUAACAAGACGAAGACAAAGAUUACAAUUACACAUAGUGGCUUUAAAUUAGCCGGGCAUAGUGGCCUACAAAAUAAGGUUACUGGAAAAGUAUUAAAAAUGUGGUUUUCUGUAGAAAAUAUUAAAAACCACUGAAAACAAAUCGCACACACGGAAUACAGUGUUACACAAAGCUGUCAUCAAAUCAAACUACUGAAAUAUGUGUGAACUACAAAGCAGAAAAUCAAACGCCUUGAAAUGAAAUUAAACCAAAUAGACCCCCAUGCUUUGCCCUCUCACUGUGACAGUCAACAUGGCACCAAUCUGUUCUGGACAUGAAUCCUGUUCGACACCCAGGCUUUCUGUUUACUCAUCUUUCUUAUACAACAAGACUCAACGCCAAUUAACUCCUCAAAAAGUUUCUCCAGUAGUCAUAUCACUGAGGAGAUACUAAUACUGUGAUCCCACACUUCAUACUGUAUUAGUGCCACUGGCAAUGAUGCAGACACAUGCAAAUUGAGUAAAACACAGGAACCGUGCACCUCUCUUGCUUUGAAUCCCAAUUUUGUGCAAAAUAACCACUUUGCAUUUUAAUCCGAUCAUUGGAAUGGUGUCAUUUUUUGCUGAAGAUGAAUGACCUUCCCUGACGUUACCAAAACUACAAAGAAAUAACAAGACAAAGUAACCACUCUAGACAAAAAACAAGGCCGUAUGAUUAAUCCUCGCACUUGUUCCGACAUUAAACAAGCAGCAGCCCGAAUCAGCUGCAUCCCCAGCCUUGGCAACAGGUGUGUGUCUGUGUGCACUGCUGCACACAAGUGAAGCCACUCUGUUUAAUGUUGUCCCGCUGUGUUGUACAGAGGAUACACUCCGCAGCUGAACAGACUGUGAAAAUACUAGACAGCUCACAGUGUUUCUAAUUGGCAUUUCUCAGAUUUGUUCCUCACAUACUUCUCCCCUUCUCUGAUCUCAUUAGCUGUUACUUGCCUUUGUGUCCAAAUAUGUGUGGCUGACCAGCUCACAUUACAUGAGCUCAUCUAGCCUAAUGUGCUCAUCCUUAACUACUGUUUUGAAAGAAAAACAUUUCAGACUGAAGAUCACAAAACUUUAAAUUGGUUUUAAAUUCAUUAAAACCAAAAUGUAAUUUAUAUAUGUGUGGAGAAAAAAAGAUUCAAGAGAUGACAUGUUAGAAUUUUAAAUUUGUGUGUCACCAAACUGUAAUCUUGAUGCUGAAAAUCUGCAAGUACACAUGAAUUGUAUUGCUGCUGUCGGAUCAUCAGAAAAGUGUUAUUUUUGCUGGGUAGUACUGUAGAUCCUUGCUAUGUGAGUGCCUCUCAUCCCCAGCCAAGCCUGAGACGUUGAGAUCCAGGGCGGCUGUAGAUUUAUGCUAAACGCUCCCGGUUCCCAGCAGAGUUUACCCAAGAUUUACAAAAUUCUUAGUGUCGCUUGACUGCAGCUCUGUCCUGUCUUGCGUUACUUGGAGAACAAGGCGGGAUGAUGUUGAUGAGGAAGACGUCUUUGAAACCGGUGUUGUGCUUAAGUCUCACGUCCAAGAAAUGUGGACAUAUCAUUUGUUGAGUACUUGUUGUGUGUCACACUAGGGGUUACUAGCAAAACGGUAAAAGUAUAAACCCUGACAAUCAGGUCUAUAAACUUCCUUUUUUAUUUUUGAAUGUAUCCUGUUUCUGCCUGUGUCUUAAUAGAACCUUUCUAAGAAGCCACUUUAAUUACAGUACAGAGGAUGUUUUUGUACUUGCCGGAGCAACCAUUAGGAGAUACAAUCGGCAACAAGACUCCAGGACAGAAACUGCUACUCACUGAAUGAUUAUUAAGCAGCUAAUUUGUCCUACAGAGAAAAAACAUCGACUUAGCAGAGGAACCAAAUCUUUCUCCAUUCAGAGAGGCCCUGCUUGUUAGGUUAGCAAAUGGGUUCACAUCCUGUGAAAGCGCCUGCUGGAGAUCUGUGGCACGUCCUCGAGAAUUAAUAAUGGUUGAGGCCAGAGAAAAAUGGCCUGGUUUCCUGGCUACUGACCAAAAACACCGGUACAAAAGUGUUUCCAGGCUGGUAAUCACAGUUCCUGGUUCAAACAACGAAGGCGCAAUUACUGUCAGCAUCUCCUGAGAGACUUCUCUCCACUGGUGGUUAGCCAGGUACCAAAGCUACAAUUAUGAGAUAUCUAACAGCAGGCCUAGUGCAGGAAGAGAGCUGCUGAUUUAAUUAGAAGUGAGCAAUCACGACAACCUGGGUCACUUUUAAUUUCCACACACAAGGACCACUCAUGGUCUCAUGGCAAGUACACAUGUAGCCAUCUUACUUUGUCCUGCGUGAACUGUAGCUCUGAAAUCAGAAGGCACAAAAUGGACACAAGACAAAUUAGGACAACAAAAGGCUUUAGUGACAUGACCGCUGCAGUGCAGGUGCACUUUAGAGACACAGGAACAUGUGAUAGUUAGCACUGUACUCAUGAUGUAGCUUGUCUCCCUCAGGUUUUCUUUGCCGUUUCUUUUUUUUCCCCCAGUUUCACUUUAUUCCUCUUACAACAGGCUGCCUUAUUACAUCUGAAUCUGAGACAGUAAACGCGCUCUCCUCCCAGCUGUUUCUUUCUC